CAAUCGGUUCUCAAAAUCCCGGCAAAAAUUCAUACAGUGAAUGUGGGCAGUGCAACGAAAGAGGCAAGAAAUCUUCUCUACUGGCAAUUCGCUUCUGAUUGAGCCCUGAGAAUUCCAUUUCGAAGUAGUGAAAUGAUCUGGUAACAGUAGAUAUUAAAGAUAUUGAAACGGAAGAUUGGGCGAGCGGAGAGAUCGUCAUUCCGAGGACGCCUAAUUUAAACGUGGAUUUAUUUGCUCGUCUUGUUAUUAUAGAAAUGAGAAGUUGAGAUUGUCAUUAUGGAUAGCGAGUUCCAGAGAUCGCUUUCUUUGCGGGUGAACCGUAGAGGAGAGCGUAAUGUUCAGAAUCAGCAGGUUAGAGACGUUGAAGGAGGUUUAUUUUUUCCCGGAAAGUUGCCUGCAGAUUACCCAAUUAAGAUUGUUUGGAAGAAGGGAUUCAUUCGAUUAUUCCUUGUCGGUGGAAUUUUAUGGAUGUUGCUGAUUCUCAUUGCCUCCCUCUUUCAUGUUUGGUCUUGCCAAUCAUCUAUUGCUUUUUUCUCCGCAAUUUGUAAUAAAGAAAGUAAGGUUUUCACGAUCUUAGACUCGAUGGGAUUUAUUGCGAAGGCGCAGCACCGCUGUUUAAUUCCAGUGGCGGACGAACCUGAUAAAGUAGUUAUUCCUAAGGGAAGGACUCCUGAUGAAAUUGUCAAAAAACUUGUCUAUAUCACUGAAGAUGAGUACUCACUAGAUGGAACUCAAACAUCCCCACUGUUUGGAGGACACCUGAACUGGACGCAAAGAGAGGAAAGCUUUAAACUAAAACCGACCAUGAAGGUGCAUUGUGGUUUUAUGCGAAACGGUGGGGCUGAAAUGGUUCCUACCGAUGUCAAGUAUGUCAAGAAAUGUAGGUUUGUGGUUGCCUCAGGAAUUUUUGAUGGAUAUGAUGUUCCUCGACAGCCUUCAAAUAUUAGCGCCCGCUCUAAGGAUCUAUUUUGCUUCCUUAUGGUGGUGGAUGAGGUUUCUAUGCAAUUUAUAAGAGAAAAUGUUACCAUUAAAGAGGAUAAUGAUGGAGGAAAAUGGGUUGGUAUCUGGCGCCUUAUUCUACUGAAGUAUCCACCCUAUGAUGAGCCAAGAAGAAAUGGAAAGGUUCCAAAGAUAUUAACUCAUCGGUUGUUCCCUCAAGCACAGUAUAGUAUCUGGAUUGAUGGUAAAAUGGAGCUGAUAGUCGACCCUUUGCUCAUUUUGGAAAGAUACUUGUGGCGUGGGAAGCAUACCUUUGCCAUUGCUCAACAUAAGCAUCAUCUUAGUAUCUAUGAAGAGGCUGAUUCAAAUAAGCGAAGGAAACGUUAUGCCCGUCCUCUUAUUGAUCUUCACAUGAAAAUAUACCGUUAUGAAGGAAUGGAGCCAUGGAGUCCAGAAAAGAAAACUGUCAGUGAUGUUCCAGAGGGAGCCAUUAUUAUACGGGAGCAUACAGCAAUGAGUAAUUUGUUUAGCUGCUUGUGGUUCAACGAAGUCCACCUGUUCACACCAAGGGACCAACUGAGUUUCGGUUACGUCGUAUACAGGCUAGGGGAUUCUUUCAAGUUCUUUAUGUUUCCAAAUUGUGAGUAUUAUUCACUUUUUAUUUUGCACCCACAUACAAGGGAGCAUUCUUCUCUUAUAGAGUGGGUUAAAGAUUGGGAUCAACUUAAGGGGAAUAUGAGCAGUAUGAAAGAGUAUAAACAGUGGAAGCAGCGCAACGUAUCGACUAGUUUGAUAGAGACUAGGGGAGGAUUAGGCUUGUGGACUCCUUACCCCGGAAAUCUCGAUUCAGUUGUACUCCCAACUGUGGUUAGAUCAUCAAAAGCAGGCUGAACAUUGAUUCUAAAUUGUACAAUCCUUUCUGAAAAAGAAUCUAUUGAGUUCUCUAUAAUGUUAUUUUUUCGUCGACCCAACUUUAUUCGGAAGGAAAUGAUAAAGAAGGUUUCUCGUGCUGGUUCCUUACCAUAUAUUAGACAUGACCACAACUCCCCAUCAAUGGCUGAGUGAGCUCUAGAGUUUGAAUUUUGUGGUAUAACCUAUAAGAUUUGAGUAGAAGGCUAAUAUUCUACACUCGUUUGGAGUCUUUGGGCUGUUGAAAGAUUGAGGAAGCGAUAGAAGCAUGUUCUUAGCUGUCAUUGGAAUCAGAAAUUAACUCCAUCUUUGAUUCCAUGGUGAGUUUUCAUUAUUUUGGCCAUAUCAAUUUGUAUCAUUGAGGAAUAUUAAGGCUUGUUUAGACAACCAUUUUCAAAUUUGCCUGUCGGUUUUGCUUCAAAAUUGUUUUGGACUAUGAGUAGAUGGUAUGUAAAAGUCAAUGUUAUUUUGUGCCAUAAACUCCUUCACCGACAACAAGAACAUAACUCUAAAGACAUAAUUCAUUCUGUUA